UUUACAUUAUUUUCGUUACAAGGUUGAAUUGAUUGGAAAUAAAUUAAGUCUGAUGUUUUUUUUUGAUUUUUAUUGAACUCUUAAAGCGUUACAAUUUUCAAUACUUAAUCAUAUCCUGGUUAGGCGGAAAACAUAUAUGCCUCAAGACUCCAUCAUCAAGAAUAAUAAAAAACUUAUGAAAAAAAUGUCCGCAGCAAAAGCAAAACAACUUUCUGUAUUAUUGGAAUGCAAGGUUUGCAUGGACACCUAUCACAAACCAAAGACCCUUAACUGCGGUCAUACAUGUUGUCAAGAUUGCUUGGAUAGCAUGUUGGUUUUUAACGACGAUGGAGGUGCAGAACUGCAGUGUCCAUUAAGAUGUUCAAGCAAAACAACACUAGGUCCACACGAGACAACAUCAUCGCUAAUGACUACAUAUCUGGUGACUGACAUUCUAAAUGAGUUGUCAAAUGUCAAAAACGUUAACUUGCAGUGUCAGCAAAGUAAAGAAUGCAAACAGAUUAUCAGACAGUCUUGCACAACAUGCAGUUCAAAGAUCUGUGACAAAUGUGAAACCAUACAUUCCUGUCCCAACAAAUCCUUUACCAAUGUCAUUUUUAAUCAAAAAUUGCAACAACUCCAACCAUUAUGUAAGCAACACGACUCGCUUGCUAAAUUUGUCUGCAUCGACUGUGAAAACAUGUUUGUCUGUGUGUAUUGUACGCACAGACAACACAAAAAUCACGAAAGAAAAUCGAUUGCUGAAUUCGGACAAGAAGCCAGGACAUGGUUUUGGUCAUUCAUUACGUCGUUCGAGGACACAAAAGUUGUUUUGGAAAGUUUGACAAAACAAUAUGACAGCGCUUUUAAGAAUAUUGAGGAUAGUAGAGAAGUAUUUGUCCGUGAAUUGGGAGUUAGAAAACUAAAAAGAAUGGAAGAAUAUAUGAAGAAGCUAAACACAGAAGAAAUAAAUAUGUUGAAAAUAUUUGAUCAAGGAAUGGAAGAUUUCAAGACAAAAGUAAUUGCAACCGGGUUUGUCCACAAUACCAGAAUACACGAAUUUUCUGAUUACGUAAAAGAAUUUACCUUAAAAUGUCCAUUUGAAUUAGUCGCUGAGAAGAUUGAAAUCGAAGAAAGACUUCGCACCCUAUCGUCGUUUCCAAGAAUCCUCCCCACUUUUAAUCUGCAUCUUGGACACCUGAAGGAACAAGACUAUUUUACAUAUCCGUUAGGCAAAAUAGCAAUCUCUUUUGAUGAUAUCCACACUGCAGAUCCUUGCGGAUGUUCUGUUUACAAAAGUGUGAUUGACAAAACAGAAAGAUCGUCUAGCUACUCGCAGCUGGAAGCUUUGGAGACGUUACUAAAGAAUUUGAAAGAGAACGCAAAGAAAAAUCGUAAAGAACACGCAAAGAGGUAUUUGAAGCCGCAACGUCUAUCAUCAGCUGCAAGGUCUUACACUUUUGAAGAACUUGCAAAAAUCAUUAAAAAUGGCGAUCAAAAGAAAUUGCAAUCCAUUUUCUUUGAUAAUCCAAACAUCGUUAAAAUGAGAGAUAGUAAUGAGACAACACUGUUGAUGAGAGCUGCAUGUUGCAACAAUCCAUCAAUUGUAAAAUGGUUGAUCGAUUCUGGAAGUGAUGUGAAUGCUGUGGAUAAAGACAAAUGGAAUGCAUAUCACUUUAGCGCAGCUAGUGGUUAUCAUAAUGUUUUGAAAGUUUUAAUUAAUCAUGACGCCAGAAAUAUUAACAAUGUAAAAAAUUCAAAUGAAACAUCAUUACAUGAUGCAUCUGGUCGUGGUUAUAUUAAAUGUGUUAAGUUGUUGUUGUCGGUAGGAGGAGUUGAUGUAAAUAUACGAAACAAUAACAAUGAAACACCAUUACAUUAUGCUUCUGUUCUUGGUCAUAUUGAGUGUGUGAAGGUGUUGUUGUCGGCAGCAGGUGUUGAUGUAAAUAUACGAAACUAUCAGAACAAAACAGCUUUCGAUGUUGCUCGUGAUGAUCACAUUAAACAAUUAUUUCCGAUUUGACCAUAUAACCGUUAGUAGAUUUAUCCUAAAUAACUAUUAAUAAAUUUGCCUGUUUACAGAGAAGUCCGUUGGUUCCGUCGCUUUAUGUGUGUUGCCUGUUGAUGUAAUCCAAACGGACGACUAUAAAGUGAUAUGCAUCAAUUUUUGAAAAUAAUUUUAGUAGUUUUCUUUUAUAUUAGUUAUAUUAACGUUUGACACUAUUCAAGCAAAUAUUACAAAAAUAAAGUAUUGGAGUAUUUUUGUGGUUGUUCUGCAAGUUCGCUUAUUCUCUAUGCUCUUUAACCAGCAACUGUGACGGCUUUUAAAUGUGACAACUUCUACGUACCAGGUGAAACUCGUUUUUAUAAGUUUGUCUCUACUUGAAGAUAUUGCGUCAUGAUAAAUUUUAGUAUGGUAGCUAAAAUAUUUUCAAGACCUAAAUGAUUUUAUUGGGGGAAGCUUCACCUAAAAA